AUAAAAGAGAACAAGCUGUUCUGUUCUGUUCUGUGUGUUGUGUCCAGAGAGAGAGAGAGAGAGAGAGAGAGAGAUGGCGGCUGAUGUGCGGUGCUGUGAAACAAAAUUUUGGUUGUACCUGGUUGUGAUUGUAGGGUUGGUGUGCUUUGCGGGGCUAAUGGCUGGUCUCACUCUCGGUCUCAUGUCUUUGGGUCUCGUCGACCUCGAGGUUCUCAUCAAGUCUGGUCGUCCUCAGGAUCGCAUCCAUGCUGCCAAAAUUUUUCCGGUGGUUAAGAAUCAGCAUCUUCUGCUUUGCACACUUUUAAUUGGAAACUCCUUAGCCAUGGAGACUCUUCCCAUUUUUCUUGAUGCGCUUGUGCCUCCCUAUGCAGCAGUCUUGAUUUCUGUCACCCUCAUCCUCAUGUUUGGAGAGAUAUUGCCGCAAGCAGUUUGUACUCGAUAUGGAUUGACUGUUGGAGCAACACUGGCCCCACUUGUUCGUGUUCUUCUUCUAGUAUUCUUGCCCAUUUCUUAUCCAAUCAGCAAGGUUCUUGAUUGGAUGUUGGGUAAAGGACAUGCUGCUCUUUUAAAGAGGGCCGAGCUCAAGACUUUUGUCAAUUUUCAUGGGAAUGAGGCUGGUAAAGGAGGAGAUUUAACACAUGAUGAGACAACCAUCAUAACUGGUGCACUUGAAUUGACUGAGAAGACUGCAAAAGAUGCCAUGACUCCCAUAUCAAAGGCAUUUUCCCUUGAUCUGGAUGCAACUCUAAAUUUGGAGACACUGAAUUCAAUAAUGACAAAAGGUCAUAGUAGAGUUCCAGUUUAUGCAGGAGAGCCAACAAAUAUUAUUGGACUGGUUCUGGUUAAAAAUCUCUUUAUGGUUGAUUCAAGGGCUGCAGUUUCUCUAAGAAAAAUGAUCAUUAGAAAAAUUCCUCGUGUUUCAGAGAACAUGCCUCUGUAUGAUAUACUGAAUGAAUUUCAGAAGGGUCACAGUCAUAUUGCAGUUGUGUAUAGGGAUCUAAAUGAUAAAAGGGAAGCACCCAAAAAAGUUAAAGAUGGGGAACAACUUGAGUUUAAGGACAGCUGUAAGAACAAAGGAGAAACCACACCCUUAGAUAUAGGUGCUAAAUUGGAGUCACGCGAUACUUUGACUACUAUUACUAAGAUUGAUGGCGGUGCACAGGUCAAGAAAAGCCCACCAGCAACUACUGCUUAUAAAAAGCGACACAGAGGUUGUUCAUAUUGCAUCCUGGACAUUGAUAAUGCCCCCCUGCCAAUAUUUCCACCCAAUGAAAUGGUUGUUGGUGUUAUUACAAUGGAGGAUGUCAUCGAAGAACUUCUUCAGGAGGAGAUCCUAGAUGAAACUGAUGAAUAUGUCAAUAUCCAUAACAAGAUAAAAGUAAACAUGAAUGCUUCUAAGGAUAAGGCCCCUGAUGCAAAUCUGUUGCAGCCUUCUCCUUUAGCAGUUCAAGGACACACACCAACGAAUUCGAUUUCUACAGCUACUUCUGCAACGGGCUCACCUACCACAAUUGAACCAAUCUCUGAAAGCGAGUCUCUCAGGCAUUAGUAAUUCAUUCAUGAAGAAUAGGAGAAUAACAUAGGUUUGUGUUGAAAAGGCAGAGCAGUAUAUAGUUUUUGUAAAAGUUUCCAUGAAUGACAUUAUGCUAUUAGGGUUAUAUAAGUAUAAUAUUACAGGAGGAAAAAAAAAUUUCUCGCAGACACAGUAAAGAGGUAGGGUUCACUUUUUUUUUUUUUUUUUUUUUUAUCAGUCCACUUUCUCUCUCCUCUUCUUUGCUGUGUUUGCUGAAAUUUUUAUUUUCCUGUUGUAACAUGAUACUUAUAUAACCCAUGUUAUUAUGCAGAAAGGAACACUAUAUAUAUAUAGAAUAUAUUUAAAUGUUAAAUAUUCCUGUUGCAUCAUUUCCUAAAGAGUAUUGUAUGUCUGUAUUGUAACACAUCCAGCGAGACACUCAUU